GGCGGCGGAAGGAGGAGAGGAAGAAAGGGGCGAGCCCUGGUGCCUGGCGGCGGCGCAAGGCUCUCGCUCGGAGUGCAGGCGGCUGUGGCUAGGCGCUGGGCGUUCGGGUGGUCAGUGUCGGCGUCGAGCCUGCUCCCGGGAGCCGCGGCUGCUCUGCCGCUGCUUCUUGACUCUGCCUUGGGCUCGAGCGGCGAAGGAGCCGGGCCGGCUGUGGGGCGGGUGGGGAGGGAGGAGGCGGUGAAGGCGGCGGCGGGCCGGGGAGGGGGGAAGAUGCCGCUGGCGCAGCUGGCGGACCCGUGGCAGAAGAUGGCUGUGGAGAGCCCUUCCGACAGCGCUGAGAAUGGACAGCAAAUUAUGGAUGAACCUAUGGGAGAGGAGGAGAUUAACCCACAAACUGAAGAAGGCAGUAUCAAAGAAAUUGCAAUCACACAUCAUGUGAAGGAAGGACAUGAAAAGGCAGAUCCUUCCCAGUUUGAGCUUUUAAAAGUAUUAGGGCAGGGAUCAUUUGGAAAGGUUUUCUUAGUUAAAAAAAUCUCAGGCUCUGAUGCUAGACAGCUUUAUGCCAUGAAGGUAUUAAAGAAGGCCACACUGAAAGUUCGAGACCGUGUUCGAACAAAAAUGGAACGUGAUAUCUUGGUAGAAGUCAAUCAUCCUUUCAUUGUCAAAUUGCAUUAUGCUUUUCAAACUGAAGGGAAGUUGUAUCUUAUUUUGGAUUUUCUCAGGGGAGGAGAUUUGUUUACACGCUUAUCCAAAGAGGUGAUGUUCACAGAGGAAGAUGUCAAAUUCUACUUGGCUGAACUUGCACUUGCUUUAGACCAUCUGCAUAGCCUGGGAAUAAUCUAUAGAGACUUAAAACCAGAAAACAUACUUCUUGAUGAAGAAGGUCACAUCAAGUUAACUGAUUUUGGCUUAAGUAAGGAGUCUAUUGACCAUGAGAAGAAGGCUUACUCUUUUUGUGGCACUGUGGAAUACAUGGCUCCAGAAGUAGUCAACCGUAGAGGUCACACUCAGAGUGCUGACUGGUGGUCUUUUGGUGUAUUGAUGUUUGAAAUGCUCACUGGUACACUACCUUUCCAAGGAAAAGAUCGUAAGGAAACAAUGACUAUGAUUCUUAAAGCCAAACUCGGGAUGCCACAGUUUCUGAGUCCUGAAGCCCAGAGUCUUUUACGAAUGCUUUUCAAACGGAAUCCUGCAAACAGAUUAGGUGCUGGACCAGAUGGAGUUGAAGAAAUUAAAAGACACUCUUUUUUCUCAACAAUAGACUGGAAUAAACUAUAUAGAAGAGAGAUUCACCCACCUUUUAAGCCUGCAACUGGCAGACCUGAAGAUACAUUUUAUUUUGAUCCUGAGUUUACUGCAAAAACUCCCAAAGAUUCACCUGGCAUUCCACCAAGUGCUAAUGCACAUCAGCUUUUUCGGGGGUUUAGUUUUGUUGCUAUUACCUCAGAUGAUGAAAGCCAAGCUAUGCAGACAGUUGGUGUGCAUUCAAUUGUUCAGCAAUUACACAGGAACAGUAUUCAGUUUACUGAUGGAUAUGAAGUAAAAGAGGAUAUUGGCGUUGGCUCAUACUCUGUUUGUAAGAGAUGUAUACAUAAAGCCACAAACAUGGAGUUUGCUGUGAAGAUUAUUGAUAAAAGCAAGAGAGACCCAACAGAAGAGAUUGAAAUUCUUCUUCGUUAUGGACAGCAUCCAAACAUUAUUACCCUAAAGGAUGUGUAUGAUGAUGGAAAAUAUGUGUAUGUAGUAACAGAGCUUAUGAAAGGAGGUGAACUGCUGGAUAAAAUUCUUAGACAGAAGUUUUUCUCAGAGCGAGAGGCCAGUGCUGUCCUGUUUACUAUAACCAAAACUGUUGAGUAUCUUCAUGCACAAGGGGUGGUUCACAGAGACUUGAAACCUAGCAACAUCCUCUAUGUGGAUGAGUCUGGUAAUCCAGAAUCUAUUCGAAUCUGUGAUUUUGGCUUUGCAAAACAACUGAGAGCAGAAAAUGGUCUUCUCAUGACUCCUUGUUAUACUGCAAAUUUUGUUGCACCAGAGGUUUUAAAACGACAAGGUUAUGAUGCUGCCUGUGAUAUAUGGAGUCUCGGGGUCCUCCUUUAUACAAUGCUUACUGGUUACACUCCAUUUGCAAAUGGUCCUGAUGAUACUCCAGAGGAAAUACUGGCACGAAUAGGUAGUGGAAAAUUCUCACUCAGUGGUGGUUACUGGAAUUCUGUUUCAGACACAGCAAAGGACCUGGUGUCAAAGAUGCUUCAUGUAGAUCCUCAUCAGAGACUGACUGCUGCUCUGGUGCUCAGACAUCCUUGGAUUGUCCACUGGGACCAACUACCACAAUACCAACUAAACAGACAGGAUGCACCGCAUCUCGUAAAGGGUGCCAUGGCAGCUACAUACUCUGCUUUAAACCGCAAUCAGUCACCAGUGUUGGAACCGGUGGGCCGCUCUACUCUUGCUCAGCGGAGAGGGAUUAAAAAAAUCACCUCAACAGCCCUGUGAAGUGACCUCAGUGAGAUGUUUGGUACCAUGAUGUAAGCUGAUAGCACAAGUUCUGGCGACAGGUAGCACAUACCUGAGAGACACCUGCAAGCACACACUGUCCCAGCUGGUACCCACAAUGCUGCUGCUCCUGCUGCUCCUGCUUCAUCUCUUCUCGCUUUAAUUGAUUGUUAGCAAGUUAGAUUUUCCUGGAGCUCCGAAAUGAAAAUGGAAACAUGAUGAAGAUCUAUUCACUGAAUCAAUAAAAAUAAUGAACACAUGAAUACCACCUAAAAUACACUGAAUAAAAGUACUCUACACCAUAUAGCAUUAUUUUUAUAGGAAAUAUUUCAUGUCCCCUAAAUAUUCUUUGUUAGUUAUAGGGAUGGACAGUUUAUGUUAAGCACUUAGCUUAAACAAUUCAUUUAUAUUAGCACUGUAUCCCUUGUGCCAUCCAACAUUUUGUAUGUUUUUGUAAACAGUUCAUAUACAGUACAUUUCUGUACUGCUUUCUUUAAUGUAUACAUGCCUUGUUUAACUUGGAGUCUACUAAUCAAUUGACUAUUAAAUCUGGAUAAAUAGUUCACCUGGAUUAACAGUAUUGUUGGAAAACCUUAAAGAUGGCCAGAUUGAUUGAACAGCUAUUGAAUGUAAUUCUUUCAAAUUGUACAUAUCGCCCCAUCUGUUUCACAGGUUGAUCCAUUUGUUCUUCAAGUCAGGUGCUCUGUCAGACUAACUAGAGAGCUGUUAAUAGGAGAGGAAGUUGGUGUGUGUACGUGGCACGAAAUCAGUAAUAUACCUAUGAAGUCAGUCCAUAGACUUUGAUUUCUUAGGGUUUCUUUCCCCUAAUUAAAAAAAGUAGUCCUUGCACUUUUAACCUUAUGUAGCCCUCAUAAUUAGUAUUUGGCAUAUAAUUUGAAAAAUUGCCUUUAUACAUCAAAGGCCUUUAAAAGAAUCAUAGUAAAGAAAUUAGAGAAGGAAAUCUUAGCAAUUGGUAAUAAAAGCCUUAUUGGAUAUUUCAUGUUUAAAUAGAUAUUCUAUAUUAAACACUGAUUUGAAUGUAAUAAAGGCCACAGGCCUCCAUAUAAAAUUGGAUUAAACUUUCUUAUUUUAGGGAAUAAAAUAUUCUUCAUCAAACAAUAUCUGUUGUAACCUAAAGUCAUAGCCGUGGAAGGCUGAAUGAUCAGCACUGUUUUCUGAAUCCCUGUUGAUGAUUUAUAGCCAUACGAUUUUUCCUUUGACUACAGUAGUCACCAGAUUUCAUAAUGGCCCCUAGCUGCACUUCAAGUGCACUAUUCAGUAUUUACAUCUAACUUGGUAGUUUCUGGUUUCAUUUAACAACAACAAAAAGCCUCUAUCCAUCAUUACCCAUAUCUUUGACACACUACACAGUGUACAUUAAUAUGUGAUGUGAUAAACAUGAGCAAAGAAAAAGUGACUUAACUUCACUCAUCAGGCAUGUGCCCCAAAACAUGUGAGUCCUUUACUGCUUUUUGCAGUUCAUAAAAAGCAGUCCUUAUUUUCUCUGCUACUAAAGAGAAAGAGAAAAUCUCUUAAUUCCCCCUUUGCCCAAGCAACACAAAAUGAUGAUUGCAUAGAAACCAAAUGUAUGCUCCUUUUCUAACUGGAAAGAAGUUCUACAUACCAUCUAUUUAAUUUCUUGAGUAUAUGGAUGCUAACUAUUCAAGGUUGCUUUCCAUCACCCAGCAAGAAAGCCUUUCCCCCCUCCUCUAGUCAAUGUGUCCAGUUCUUCUAUUUAUUGUAUCUCCCAUUUAAUUUUUCCUCAUAACACCAUGCUGCCUUUCCUUCAUAUUAUCACCCAAGCAGGAGCUAAAGUCAUUAUUUCUUCAUGGCAGUCUUCUACUAUAUUAUAUUGCGAAGUUGAUUUCCUUUAAGAAGAAUUGCCUCCUUUAUCUAGUCAAACUGCAGUUUUAUUGGAGAAAAGCAAUACAUUCAUAAAUCUGAAGGCUUCCUACUGACAAAGCUGGUUAGGAGCAUAAGUGAUUGCAUCUGUGGCUUUCAUGUUCACAUUGUCUUUGGGCAGAUGCAGCUGACAAUGUAGUGCUUGUGCUGGGUUAGCCUUUCCUUUCCCUUCACAAAGUCCAUUUGUCACUGGCCACUGUACUUAAUGGCUCCUGAAGUCUUCCACCUUUCAGCCAUCCCUGCCAGUUUCUAGGACUUAUCCUAGAGUUGUUGGUCCAGAUUUUAUAUUUCACUGAAGGAAGGAACUAAACUAACAGGCCUCUUUAUAGACAUCUCUUGGUUUACGAUGCAAAAUAAUAUCCCAGACAAUAGAAAUGCAUUUUAACAUAGUCAAGCACACACUGGAAACGAUGAGUUACAAUACUGUGUGUUUUGCAUCUUCCCUUUCAAGUGAUGAUAUUAAAUUAAGGUAAGUUUUUUUUUUUACUCUUUAUGAAUCAUUUCAGCUCCUUCUGUUUAAAAGGGUAUCUUCUAAGUGCAUAUUCCCUUAAAUUUAACAGAUGUGAAGUAAAUCUUAUUCUCACAAGCCACCCAAAAGUCUAAAAAUAAUUUUAGCAAGACCCAAAGUCAAGAAGCUGUGAGGCUGGCAUAUGGAAGAGUCAGUUCUGAGUGUCUGGAGGGAGGAUGUUGGGUAUUUGCAGUAGUUUCCACAUUUCACAUACAUUGCACGCCAAAGAACAGGGUGGGAGCAGGAGCGGGGGGUCAACAAUUUCCCAUCUGUUCUUUAGAUGUGGCUUUUGUUGGGAUCAGAAGACAUCAAGAGAAAUGGGGGUUGUCCUCUAAGCUGUGCACAUACUGUCAGCCUAGGAAGAAUUUGAACAGAGAGUAGGUACAGAAGCUUCAAAAGAAGGCAUGUGUUUGAUAGGGAAAGGACCAGGGUUGGUGAAUCCUGGAAUGAUAAUUGCAAAAGGCUUUCUAGACUUUGGGGCCUUGGUAUAAGAUGUCCUUAAUUACUGUGGGGGCCAGUAACACACAUUUCAACAUGACUUUGGUAGUCUCCAUUCCCUGGCUUUAUGAAUUACCUACACUUUCAGGUUGUUUUUCUGUAUUUUAUAAAAUAAUUUCUAUCUUACUAUGGUGUUGAAAAUUUGAGACUUGGGAAAGUAUUCAGAGAGCUCUGGAAUGCAAAGGAUCAAAACGGCUCUCUUUUCUGUGACUCACAAAAACAAUGGAUUUCAUGGCUGAUCUUGGUGCUUAAACCAGGAAGGUCCAGUCUAACUCUAUCUGUUCCUCUGCAAGAUCCAACUCCUGUGACUAACCUGGAUGUAUACUUUGAGCCUUAUUUAAUUCAGAGAAGUUGACUUAAUUCAGUGUUUUUAUUUCAAUGAAAACAGUCCUCUUUCAACCCCAGGUUACUUAUUACAUUUUGCUGAUCUCCCCCAAGAGAUCAUUGGUGGAGACCAAUUAAUGAAGGAGUGAAUUCAGUUUCUUAAAACUGUGGUAUUCUACAGAGCCACACCUAACCACUUUUUCCAGUGAAGAAUCUACACAAUAAUACCGAAAUAUGGAUGGCCAAGAAGAAUCUGUAUCUACAGUGUGCUUUGUGUGUUUUUGACACUGCUGUAUUUUGUGUUGCCAAGUGACUUGUAACUGGUUCCAAAGUGACCGUUCUUUAAAAUUUCUAGUGAUUAAGUCAACUUAAAUUUUUGUAAAACAUGGUGUCACUAUAGGUCUCACAAUACCACUUUUAUUCCAGUCUUUAACUGUUCAUAAUGGGCAUAGCAAGGGUUGGAGUGAGAGCCUACUUCCUACCUCUUAAGGCACUUUCCUCAUUGUUUUGCCAUAUAACCUUGAACUGCAUGAUAAGCUGUUGAAAUAUCCAUGACUUUUCCCAGAGCAACUAGCAAGGUAUAUGAAAUUUUGGCUAGAGAUUAGUGGGAAGGAAAAUUUAGAGGUUUAAGUCCAGAUGUAUGAACCUCAAAAAAUGUCUUCUAAACACACAUACCAUUUAAGUACAAUAUAUGGAAAUGUAUUUGAGCAGAGAGUCACUAUAAUAGUUCUCUCUAAGUAGAUUAGUUCAAUGUCCAAUGAAAGUGAACAUCUUUAUUCCUAUAUUAUUAUAGUACUGGAUGAACUGUAUACUGAGUUUUUCAAACAAGUAUUUAAAGUAGAACUUUUAAGUACAGAGCAAGGGCAUGAGGAUAAAGACUUUGGGUUGUGUUUCUGUAAGUGUAUUUUACCAUAUAAAGCUUUGUUUCUUAAGUUUUAAAAAAUGGUUUCAAAGUAUUGCCAUUCAUUAGCACCCUUAAUGAUUAUGAGUGAUGAGUGUGUAACUUGAAAUCAUAUACAUGUAUUAGUUUAUCUUAACUUUUUGCCCUAAAUAAAAGGGAAGGUGUACACCUAAAAGAUGUAAUUAUUUUGCAUUUUUGGCCAUGGGUGGGAAUGGGGUGGGUAUCUACUUGAGCAGUUUUUAAAAAAGAAAAAAAUCAGAAAUAUUUUUCUACUAUUAUAUAUGAUCUUCCUUUAUACUAGUUUAUCUCCAGUAAGGCAUGCCAGAAGCCCAAGCAAGGUACCAUAUCAAGGGUUCUUACGUGCUGUACCUUUCAUUGGUGGGUAAAUCGCAUCAGAUGCUUGGCAUUGUGGCCAUAGUUAUGAAGUGCUUGUGAGGAUCAGAUUUCACUGAAUACUAAUUUGUUUUACUUAAGAGUUUAAUCUGGGAAGUUUGCAAAUCAUACUAUUAAUGUGUAAUCUAAUCUCUUUCCAAUGUAUCCAUGAAUAAUCCUGGAACAAUAUUGCUUGUAAUCCUGUCACAGAACAGGUUUUGUAAUCUUUAAAAGAAAUGGAAAUUUAUAUAAUAAAGUUUCAAGUAAAGCAUGUA